CACAACAUUCUUCCCAAAAUAUGAACUUUUAAAUAUGGGCAGCUUCAUCAAGCCUAUAACUCUAAUUCAUGCCCAAUUCAUUGCAUCCCGGAACCGUCACCGGACUCAAUCAAUCCCAGCAAGCCCCCGGGCAUCGCUAUCCGAUGACAAACAGAAUCUGACCCACCGGCGAAAACUUGUGACAACAUUUUUGGCCACUUCACUAGCACUUGGGCUACAUGCCACACCAAUGGCACUAGCGGAGAACUGGGGCACACGUUCAUUUCUCAAGGAGCGUUUCUUCGAGCCCGGGUUGUCGCCGGAGGACGCGGUGGCAAGAAUCCGGCAGACGGCCGAGGGACUCCACAGCAUAAGGGACAUGUUGGAGACCAUGUCUUGGAGGUAUGUGUUGUUCUACAUUCGUUUGAAGUCCGCAUAUCUUUCUCAGGAUAUGAAAAAUGCAAUGUCUAUGGUCCCAGAAAUCAGGAGAAAGUCCUACGUUAAAACAGCCAAUGAGUUAGUUGAUAACAUGUCUGAGUUUGAUUAUUACGUUCGAACGCCAAAAGUGUAUGAAUCUUAUGUGUACUAUGAGAAGACAUUGAAAUCGAUAGAUGAACUUGUGGCAUUACUUGCAUGAUCAAGCUGUGACCAGUUGUUUCAGUGUUUCUUGGGGACUUCGAUGAUAUAAUUCCUAAACCUUUCUCGGAAUUUAAAGUGUUGCAAGAAAUCUUGAAUGGUAUGAUGUUUUAUGUUAAAUUAUGAGAAUUAUUUCUUGAUUUCUGUGUAAUACUUAUGAAGAUUGAAGAAACAGAGUAGCUUCUACUGCUUAAUAGGAAAUGCAGUAAAUUUUCAGAAUGUAAAAUGAUUUUUUUUUUUUUUUUUAUUUAAAAAACUAAUUUUUGAACCUAUAUAAAUUUUUAAUUAUAUA